AUGGAAUAUGCACCCCACUCCUCGUCUCCGAUAACACCCCCAACCGAGGCCGACCCCACCCCGACCGCAAUGGAGAGCUACGACGUCUCAAGCUCCCAAGAGCAUGCGCCUAGCGAUACAGCAGAUCAACCUCACCUCAUCGUUCGAUUGAUUCAGUGCCGACAAUGCUCGCGCCCUUUGCGAACCCCGCUCCGGCUACCUUGCGGGAAUACAAUAUGCCGGGAAUGUCUGGCCCCCUCUCGGCCGCGGACGGGUAUCACUUACCCCGUGGCUAAGGGGAGGGACCAGGAGUUUACUUGCUUUUGGCAAGGAACCGACGCGUGUGUUGGCAACCAUUGUAUUGGAGAUUGUGGUACCGAUGUCCUGCUUGGGAAACUGGUGGGUUUGUUUGGGGAAGUCCUGGGGUCCGAGCCAAACGAUCCCCUUCGCAACAAUGACAGUCCAUUAAUGCAAUGGGAAAACGAUGCAGCACCCCAGACCGAAAGCGCAUAUCUGCUGCGACGUGGAUGGCUAGAAGAGAUUUAUAACCUGGCGCUAGAGGGACGGUUCCCGUAUGAUGCAUCCGAAGUGACAUAUGGUUCUACGCCUUCAGCUGGAAGUAUACAAGAGCAGGAUCUUAUUCACUUCCAAAAAUUACGUGAUAGCCUUCGCUCCGAGUUGGAUUGCCAAGUUUGCUACUCCCUCAUCCUUGACCCGAUGACCACGCCUUGUGGUCACACCUUCUGCCAAAAGUGUGUCGCGCGGGUCUUGGACCAUACCGAUUUGUGUCCUAUUUGUCGCCGGAAGCUAGGCAUGCCGAAAACACUACAAUCAGAGCCCAUAAAUAAAACUGUGGCGCGGAUGGUCGAUCGCUUCUUCCCCGAUCAAAUCGCAGACAGACGGGAGACCAGCGCUCAAGAUGAGGUCGCUCCAGAUAAUAACGAGAAGGACGUACCGCUCUUUGUGUGUACAUUGGCGUUUCCGACAAUGCCGACUUUUCUCCAUGUCUUUGAGCCGAGGUAUCGACUGAUGAUUCGACGAGUUGUCGCAAGUGGAAGUGGAAAGUUCGGCAUGGCUAUGUUUAAUCGGCGAAGCAGAGCACGGCCAGGUCAAGCGGAGGUACCGUUUAUGCAAUAUGGAACACUCUUGAUGAUCGAGCGAUUUGAAGCACUCCCAGAUGGCCGCAGUCUCGUGGUAGCCACAGGCGUGUCGCGCUUCAAAAUUUUGCACUCGAGAAUCCUAGAUGGCUACUAUGUUGCCAAAACAGAGCGGGUGGAUGACAUUUCGUUGGCAGAGGAGGAGCGAAUCGAGUCUAUGGAGACCUCAGCCGGCGGUGGAAAUGUUUCUUCGGAAGAAAAUGCAUCUGAUCUUCCAUUGGACUCGAUGUCAACUCAACAGUUACUCCUCUCAUCAAGGGAGUUUCUCAGCAACCAGCGCAUAUCGGGUGCUCCUUGGUUGCAUCCCCGUGUUAUGCUGGCAUAUGGGCCGAUACCAACGGAUGAAGCUCGUUUUCCAUGGUGGUUUGCAAGCAUUUUGCCCAUCUCCGAAGAGGACAAAUAUCCCAUCCUCGCCGCUACAAGUGUCCGAGAGAGACUGAAAAUCUCAGCAAAAUGGGCGAGACAACUCGAGGCUCGGGAGUCGUAA